AUGGCGCUGCAGCCGCUGCUCCUGCAGCACGCGAGAGAGAAUGCGGCCGGCAUUGUACGCCCGCGCCGCACGUGUUGGGCGCGGCAUGUCUUCCUCCCUGAGCUGCUCCUGCGCGGCUCGGAACAUGAGGUCGCCAAUCCACGUGUAGUAGAGGCCUCCAAGGAUGCGGCUCGCCGCAUCCUCCGGCUGCAGCCGGUACGCCGGCUCCGGCCCCCACAGCGCGUUGAGGUGCGCCUGCCAUCGAUGUUGAUACGUGUGCAGCCUCUGCUCGCGCCGCAGAAGCUCCUGCAUGGCCGCCUCGUCCUCCUCCUGCUGCUCAAGGUGGUCGCAGCGCUGGGACUGCAGGUUGAGGAGCAACGCCUGCGUCUCGUCGUCCAAAUCGUGGUCCAUCACCGAAGAAUCUUCUGGUAG